AAAGCUCGUAAAGCUAUUGAUAGCAUAGGCCUUGGACUUGCAUAGUGAGCUAGGGGAGAGAAUGCCGGGUCAAACUAAAUACAUGUCGGCUUUCGCGCGAUCAUCGCAUGCGUAACCAAGGCUCAAACAAGAGCCAUUUUCGGUAUCAGCACGAGGCUUGGAGAUAAAAUUAGUUAGGGCAGAUACAAAUGGCGAGAGGCAAGCAUGCAUGGGUUUGGCUUUUCUCUUGUGGAGGAGUUUCCAGUCCGUGUUGGCAGAGUAGACUUGGCCUCACCAGCUGAGAAGGCAGGCCUAAAAGUUGGAGACUUCAUUGUAAAGGUCAACAAUCAGAAUGUGUCCAGGUCAACUGUUGCCAGUGUCGCAAAACUAGUCAAGAUGAGUGGGGCUAGCCUGCUGCUUCAGCUCCAACGACCUCGACAAGUUCAGACUGACGCUUUAGAGCAGACUCCAUGGAAAAAAACGGACUCUAUCUAUGAAAGCAUUGCAGAGGAAGCUGUUGGCCAGCAAGACCCUCAUGUCUGUCCUGAAGGCAUCUGUGAUUACUGUGAGGAGGAGGAGGAACUGUCUGCAGAUUAUGACAUGACUGCACCCUAUGCUCCUUUCCCUGUCGGCAAAUUCCAACAAGCACCCCUUUGCCAAAUUAUGGACUGUAAAACAGCUGAUGAGCAGAAGAAACAUGAGGCUAUCCAUCAUCUCCUUAGCUGAGAGCUGGAUUUUAUGGACUUCAUGCAUGCUGGUCUCCAGCGGUAUUCCCGACCCCUCCGACAUUGUGUCCUUUCAGGAACACAGCACUAUGCAGUCUUUCAAAAUGUUGAAAAACUUGUUACGAUCUCGGAGUACCAAGUCAAGCAGAUGCAGGAAAACUCUCCAUCUGUGUGGUCGUUGUCCGACGAUGAUUCUCAGUCGAGUGGAAGUAGCCAUUUUGCAACAUCGAUUGCUCUGAUCUAUCAAUCCAAAGUGCAGAUGCUUUGUCAAGCACAUGAAAUGUAUGCUUUGGGUUUACGUGAAGCCAAUCGAGUCCUGUCAGAAUUACAGCACAACCAUGACUUUGUGCGAUUUGUGAAGGAAGCAGCACUGGAGCCUGGGCAACCUAGCAUCAGUGCAUUUAUCUUCAGGCCUUUACAGCACAUCAGGGAGCUGUUUGUGGUCCUGCAGGACAUCUUCCUUCACACCCCGCCACAGAGUCCUGAUCACGCUACCCUGAAGCAGGUGAUUCAAGUUAUGAACAACUGUGUCACCAUCACCAGCAUGAGCAAUGCUAGGGUCCAGAGCCUGACAUCACUCUCCUCCCACACCAAGAGUUCCAGCAGCUGUGGGUGUUCUGGAAGAGGCGGCUUGGCAUCAUCUUCUUCUGACAGCUCAUCUAAAGUGUGGCUCAUACAUAGUCAAGAAAAUCUGCCAUUGGUGCCAUCAUCAUCUCUGCAGAGAUUACGAUCCUUUGAUCGUGAAGUGAAAGAACUUGAAGAUAGACUUGUAUUUCCUCAAAAGAGUCUCCUAAGCCAAGAAGAUCGACACAUCAUCUUCCAGGGAGAUGUUUUUCACUGGAGCAGUGGCCAAUGGGCUAAGGUGAUGAUGGUGCUGUUUUCAAACAUUCUUAUGUUGCUGAAGCCAGAAAAGGGCGGACAGCUGCAUGUUGUAUCUGAACCCAUUCUGCUUCGAAGUAUAUGUAGCAUAGAAACAAGCAGAAAACAUUCUACAGAGAUUCUGUUACAACAUUACACAAGUCCAAGCAACACCAUUCCAGCUUCACAGAAAAUAAUCUUUCGAGCUCCAAUACUAGAAGAUAAGGCAGCAUGGAAUAGCCUUCUGGAACAGAAAGUAUUGAGAGCAAGAGGGGGUCACAUCGAGAACGUGGGAACCACAGAGACAUUCAGAUCUGGCAUCAUCUGACCAUCAUCCUCUUGACCUCAUGGUGUAUCUUAUUCUCCCAAGCUGCCAAAAAUGGUUUGUGCAUGUGGAUUCUGCGAUGUGUGCCUGAGGUGACAGGAAGGGAAAUGUAUUGGAACAUAACUGGUGAAGUCACUACUGAAUUGCUUUCAAGGAUAGGUCCUGGAUGCACAUCCUGACAAGACAACAAUGCUCAUUUUGGAUUUUGUGCCUGUGACAGAUUUCACCUGCUAUGAAUCAUAUUGGAAGAAUUAGCACUGAGGCUACUUCAUUUCAAGAGCUUCUUGGCAAAAACUUCUAAGGGCUGUGUGUAAUUUAUUUCAUGUUAAUUUCGACAUUAUUUAUGAGGCAUGGAUCUUGAGAUGGACAACUAGCAUGACUAGUCAAAGACCUCGUAAGACUUUUAAUGUCUAUUCCAGCUCCUGCAAAUGCUUAAAAACCUUCUGAUUGGAAAGGAAAAGAGAAGUGUUACAGAACUGCAUGGUGGCUGCUGUUAAGAAUUGACAUCUGCAAAGAAAAGUUUACUGCAACAAGUUAAAGGUCCCAUUUAAAAAUUUCAAACAUCCUUAACAGCAGAAGAAAAGACCACUUCCACUGUGAUUGACAGACUGACUUUAAUUCCACAGCUGUGGUGCAUGGAAUGCAACAUAGCGUCUUGUGUACAUCCAGUGUGCAAGCUCUGGACAUCACUAGGUGGUUUGACACCACUUCAGGAAUCUUAGAGGUGCUAGAAAAGUGAGAUCUAGCAAGUGUUGCAACAUAAAGAUAGUGUACUUCAUGCAAAUUAUCACAAAGUAUCUUUCUGCAGAUUGUGGAUCACCUGCUAGGUGAUUAGGCGACUAAAAAGUGCCAAGUCACAAGGAAUGUUUUAAUGAAAAUUCAUUUUUCCUGGUAUCCUGGAAAAAGUCCCGUGUUUAUAAUCUUUACAUGCACCUGUGUGAUCUGCAGUGAGGCAACACACAGUUGGAUGCUGCUGUAGCAUAGUCAUGUGCUUCAUUCAAAAAAGAGUAGUUCCAGUAGAACGUUUCACUACCUGGUCAUGCUUUUGGAUAUUCAUCCACCUCAGACGAUGUUACAAGAAGUUCUUUGUAUUUUCCAGAUCAUUACAAUUUGAGAUAAACUGUUUCAAAAGGAAAAGUUUUGAUUUAGGAGCAGUGUUUAUGAUAUUUUUAUGGUAAACAAAAUUUCUUUUAAAGAAUCCUUGAAAUGUUAAGUAGAGAUAUGGCAUCAUUUUAAAAUUCUAGUCAAAGCAGCAUUGACAUCCUGGUGGGGAGAAGUUAGCAUCUGCACCAUCAGGAAAUAUUGACAACUGGAAAGUAUUUUUUUUAUGGUAGGAUUUACUGUCUUUCCACAAGUCAUAUUUUUAUUCAGUGUUCUGGCUUUUUACUUAUUUUUUUUCUGAAUUGCACAAUUUGCAAACUUUAAGAAAAUGAAGUCUGCAGCUUAACAUCUUUUCUCCUUUCACAGUCUUCUUUUCCAAUUCUUGUCCUUUUCAGUUUCUAUCAGAGAUUUAUGGUUUUAUUUCUGCUGCUUAUUUAUACUGCUCUCCUUAACAUAAGCAAUAAUUGGAUUUCUUGAUGUAUGUGCUAUGUUUAUACUAAUCCCACUCCUUGCCAGCCUGUAGUGGCAGGCACCCUAUGUCUCACCAUUUUAUUUUUAGUUGAAUAUAUAAUGUAUUCCUUACACCCUCUGCAUCGUACAAUAUUUUUCACCAGUCUCUUGAAUAAUAGAGUGUAACUACACCUUGGCAUGCAGACUCGCACACAUACAAACUGAGGUUAAAUCAGUGUGCAAACAAUUUUUCAUUCAUGCAUAUGUAUUUCACUACCUUGAAGUACAUGAAUAUAGUGUGCAUUUCCUACACACCAGAACUUUUGUAUGCAGGAAACCCCAACUGGACUAUUAUCACGAUAGCAGAUGAAAAUUAGGAUACAUGGACCCCCAAAAGCCAGCUAUUGUACAACAUGGUGCUGCAAAAAAGGGCCCCUGCAUAAAAAUUUACAUGGACUAUCGUGACGAUAGUCCAAUUGGGGCUUCCUGCAUAUGAGGACUGAUGAAUAACAAAGCUUGCCCUGUCUGCAACAGACUGACAAAAAUGACUGUUAAGAGCUAAGUAGAAUUUUGUUUUUAUGAAAAGAUUGCAAUAAUUAUACUACGUCACUGAUGCCUAUGAUUCAAGGAUUGGCAUACAUACUUGAUCUUAAUUUUUAUUUUUAUACUCCACUAUUUUUAAUUGUGAUGAAGCGAAGACAAGGUGUUACAAAUUACAUGUAAAGACUUUCAUGCUGAAAAGUAAUGGAUUUUGGCAGAAUCUGAUGUCGUUUAUCCACUUUGUUCACACCAAGAUACUGUAGAUCAACAUUGUCAGCAGUCCUCAACAUGCAUCAGUUGUCCCACAUCAUUUUUAGUCUUCAGUCAUCAAACAACUUUUCUCAAUUAAUUAUGCUUCUCUCCUUUCCUUCAUACUGUUGUUAAUUUUAUGGUCUUCCUCUCUUAAUUAUCCAAGAGCACAAUUCUUUAAGUUUAUUUUUGACAUUCUUCGUUACCUGAAGUAUUUAACUUUUCUUAUUUCUUCACUGUAGUCUGGUCACCAGUUUGCAGGACACAAUAUGAUAAAAAUUCAUUUUUUGUUGACGAUUGAACAAGCAAAUAAAAAAAUAAAACACCAAGUAUAUGGAGUGUUAUCA